AUGACAUUGUUAGGUAAAGCUUUCCAUGUAUCAAUCGAUUUAGUGCUAGUAUCAACUGCUUUAGCUGGUAUCAAAAGAAACACAGGUCUCACAUUAAAACCAGAUAUAGCUGGUGAUGCUGAAAAACAAGGUUAUCUGAAGAAAUAUCUUGAUGUUGGUGAAUACGUUUUUGAUUAUAGUGUCGCCUUCAUGAGCUCAUCAGAUUAUUUUGCAAGAAAGUGA